AUGUUAGCGGUUGGACAGAUGGACGGGAGCCGGCAGAGCGCGUUCGUGCUGAGCAGCCCACCGUUAGCGGCCCUGCAUUCAAUGACCGAGAUGAAGAACCCCUUGUACCCUUACUCCAUGCAGCCCGGAGCUGGGACGGGGGCUGGGGCUCUGCCCGGUUUCAUGACACAGCAAUUGUCCUCCGCCACUCCUCACGGCAUAAACGAUAUCCUGAACCGUCCGGUGAUGGUGCCGGGGGUCGCUUCCUCUUUGCUUUCAGGAAUCCCGCGAUUUAACACCAGCCUGAGUCCCCCGCCACCAGGCAUGUACUUCAGCCCGGCGGCGGCGGCAGCGGCAGCGGCGGCGGCGGCAGCUGUGGCCCGUUACCCCAAACCGCUGGCCGAGUUGCCGGGGAGGACGCCUAUCUUCUGGCCUGGAGUUAUGCAGAGUCCGCCGUGGAGGGAAGCCAGACUGGGCUGUUCACCCCAUCAGGGCGCCAUGCUGAUUGACAAAGACGGAAAGAGAAAACACACCAGGCCUACAUUUUCGGGACAACAAAUUUUUGCAUUGGAAAAAACUUUUGAACAAACUAAAUAUUUAGCAGGGCCUGAAAGGGCGAGACUGGCGUAUUCACUGGGAAUGACGGAGAGUCAAGUCAAGGUCUGGUUUCAGAACAGGCGGACGAAGUGGAGGAAGAAGCACGCGGCAGAGAUGGCAACAGCCAAGAAGAAACAGGACUCGGAGACAGAGAGAUUAAAGGGCACCUCGGAGAACGACGAUGACGACGAUGAGUACAACAAACCCCUGGAUCCCAAUUCCGACGACGAAAAGAUUUCCCAGUUACUAAAGAAACACAAACCCACUACAUUGCACGUCCAUACAAGUGAAAACGAGAGUUCCUAAGAGACGGAUAUUUC